CUCUUCUGCCACAUUAUAGACUCAGUGCUGGUACUCGUCAAAUUUUCCUAUCCCGACGUUAUCUUCCUGCCCUGCUAUAAGACCGUGAUGAUGUUUCCCUAUAUCACAGGCUUGUGCAUGCUGAGCGCCAUCAGCACUGAGCGCUGCCUGUCUGUCCUGUGUCCCAUCUGGUACCGCUACCGCCGCCCCAAACACACAUCAGUUACCGUGUGUGCCCUGCUCUGGGCCUUAUCCCUGCUGAUCUGCAUUCUGAACAAGUCUUAUUGUGGAGUGUUGAACCCUGACUCUAAGACUGACGAGUGUCUGAUAGCUAAUUUCUGCACUGUUGCAUGCCUGGCUGUUGUAGUUUUGAUUCUCUCAGGCUCCAGCCUGGCCCUGCUGGUGAGAUUCUUGUGUGGUCCCCGACAGAUGCAGCUGACCAGACUCUAUGUGACCAUCCUGCUCACGGUGUUGGUCUUCCUCCUCUGUGGCCUGCCCUUGGGCAUCUACUGGUUCAUGUUAAUCUGGACUCAUGAUAAUUUUAGUAAUAGUUUGCAUUACGGUCUUUACCUGGCCUCAGUUGUCCUGUCCUCUGUGAACAGCUGUGCCAACCCCAUCAUUUACUUCUUUGUUGGUGCCUUCAGGCAGCAGCUGAAGAAGCAGACCCUGAAGCUGCUUCUGCAGAGGGCCCUGCAGGAUGCUCCUGAGGAGGACCAAAGUGCAGACCGUGUUCCUCAGGGAACUCUGGAGAUGUCUGUAAGCAGAGAAGAGUAGUGAUGAGGAGCCUCU